AUGGCACCAUCAACCUCAGUCAGCCAGAUUCCCCACGCGGACGCCUCCGCCGUCAAACACACAAACGGCAACGGCGUUCUGCCCAGCUCUACCAUUGCGCCUGAAAAGAAGCCCGGGCAAGACAAGUCAAAGACCCUGGAGACCAAGGGCUUCCCCCGCCCGCAAAAGUUUGACGAUCCGUACCAGCAGCGCCAGCACCUUAAGGAGCGUCUGGCCCUAGGCUUCCGCAUCUUUGCAAAGAACGGCUUCGACGCCGGCGUCGCUGGCCACAUCACAGUCAGAGACCCCGUUGAGCCGCAAACAUUCUGGCUAAACCCAUUUGGCGUCCCCUGGCCACUACUCAAAGCGUCAGAUCUCAUUCGCGUAGAUGAGAAUGGCGAAGUGGUCGAGGGUGGCCCCGUCAGGCUCUUGAAUACCGCCGCAUACAUGAUCCACCACGCGGUCCAUGAAGCCCGCCCCGAAAUAAACUGCGUAGCCCACUCCCACUCCCUCUACGGCCAAGCCUUCUCCGCCCUCGGCCGCAACCUCGACAUCACCACCCAGGACACCUGCGCCUUCUACAACGACGUCGUCCUCUACAACUCCUUCGGCGGCAUCGUCCUCGGCAAAGAGGAAGGCCUGCGCAUCGCCGCCGCCCUGGGCAACAAGAAGGCCGCCAUCCUGCAGAACCACGGCCUCAUCACCUGCGGCAAGAGCGUCGAGAGCUGCGUCUACUGGUUCCUCAGCCUCGAGCGGUGCUGUCACCAGCAGCUUUUGGCUGAUGCCGCUGCGGGAGGGAGGGGCCACGAGACGGUCAAGAUUGAUCAGGAAGAUGCUGAGUUUACAUACAAGUCCAUCGGGUCCGAGGUGGCAGGGUGGUUUUCGGGGAAGCCUACUUUUGAUAUGAUGGAGCAUGAGUCUGGUGUUGCUUAUAAGAUGUGA